AUCCUCUUUUCUUACACUUAGUUUAACCUUUGUUGUCAGAGUGGAUUUGCCCAGUGGGAGUGUUUGAUGUGUUUACCAAUCCUUUUUUCAAAAUAUAUCAGUCCCAUCAAGGGUCAGCCUCAGCUAUAAAGAUGCAACAAGCCCUUGUUGGUGCACUUGACUGUACUGAAAGAGAAAAUUAAGUUCUGAAGAUGACUAUGUCUUCUCCUGUGGGACUAGAAGGCAUCACUCUGACUCAGCCCAUUCCCGUUCCAACGCUGACUAUCCUGCCGCCAUCCUCGGAUACAGAGUCAUGGUCUCGCUCACCUAGCCCCAGACCGUCACGCUUAAGCCGUCAUGGUCGUUCCCACCGCAGCAGGAUCCGAACCAAGAAACGUAAUGAUGAAGAGCAGGGCUGCACUUCUAAGCGACAAUGGGACAAAACGCCGCAAAUUGUCAUAGAGGAGACUUCAGGGAAGGGGACUGUUGGACAUCGGAGUCCCUCGCCCUCUCCGUCUAUUGCCAGUCAGAUGGAAACAGGAGAGCAAGGUGCAGAUGUGCCAUCACAGGACCUCCUCCUGCCACCGUCUCGCUCAUGGUCUCAUAGUCCCUCUCCCAGCCGGCGCUCCCGUUGGUCCCUCAGGAGCCUGCUCAGCAGAGACUCUGACUGGGAGACCUGCAGUACGGCCAGUAACUCUCCACGCAGCACCCCUGGCAGCUCUCCCUCCCUGCGGCGCAGGGUCCUCGGGGGUGGCAGGGCCAGUGAGAGCGAGGGAGGAGGAGAGAAGAGCGGAGGUGGAGGAGGAGGAGGAGGAGGAGGAGGAGGUUCAGAUAGCCCCCUGCCGUCCAUACCCUCUGCCUCCUCCCUCACAUCAGCCUACCCACUUGCUUCUCGCCACUUCAGCCGCAAUGCAAAGAAAAUGCAGAGCUGGUACAAUGUUCUCAGUCCCACAUACAAACAGCGGAACGAGGAUUUUCGUAAACUCUUUAAGAAACUUCCUGACACAGAGCGACUUAUAGUGGACUACUCUUGUGCGCUGCAGAAGGACAUACUGCUUCAGGGCCGCCUUUAUCUGUCGGAGAACUGGCUCUGUUUCUACAGUAACAUCUUCCGCUGGGAAACCACUAUCACUAUCCUGCUGAAAGACGUGACCUCUAUGACCAAGGAGAAGACUGCCAAGCUCAUCCCAAACGCCAUCCAGAUCAGCACUGACAACGAGAAGCACUUCUUCACAUCUUUCGGAGCAAGGGAUCGCAGCUUCAUGAUGAUUUUCCGUCUGUGGCAAAACGCACUGCUGGAAAAGUCUCUAUCCCCAAAAGAGCUCUGGCACAUCGUACACCAGUGUUACGGCACUGAGCUGGGCCUCACUAGUGAAGACGACGACUAUGUCUCCCCCACCGCCGAACACAUGAACGGCCUACUGCCAGGAGACGAGUCAGUGUCGGUUACAGAUCUACUAGACCUGAGCUCAGUGUCGGUUCCCUCUACGGGCAGCUCUCCCCCUCCCCUGGUGCCCUGCGGUCCAGCCAGCCCUUCCUCAGCUACCAGCGUCGGGGGCUCCUCUCCCCCUUCCUCCGCCUCCUGUCUGCCCAUAGAGGUGCCUUCGUCAUCUGGACGCAGACUGAGCUCUGACCACCUCGAACACAGCCCGCCCAGCUCCCACAGCUCGCUACCAUCCACUGCUCCCACCAACGCUCCCACCAAUGCCUCUGCCUCUGCUCCGGCCUCUGCAGCUGCCUCCUUUAAUCUGGACGAGGGUGGGGACAGCCUGUCCGAGUCAGCCAAUCACAUGCUGCCCCCGCCAACCACCAGUCUGGGAAACCUCUCCUCAUUGGACAUCACCAACGAUGAGGAGCUGCCCACAGACCCCAGCAACUCCUCUGAUACGCAAGAAGAGAGUGAGGUGGAGUCGUUCUGCGCUGACCUGAGCGGGCGGCUGCACGUCAACGCUGCGGUCCGUAUGAGUGUAGACAAGCUGCACGACCUGCUCUUCUCCGCUGACACACAUUUCAUCCAGCACCUCUUUUCGCAGCGACACUUUACGGACCUGUCGGUCGGUGAAUGGCAGCAGGACAGCAGCAGUGGGAAUACCAGCCGUGUGCUUAGCUACACCAUCGCGCUCAACAACCCCCUGGGCCCAAAGACCGCCCCUGUGGUGGAGACGCAGACGUUGCAUAAGAACAGCGCCCGGGGCGAGUGCUUCGUGGUGGACUCGGAGGUCAUCACCUCAGGCAUCCCUUACCAGGACUACUUUUACACUGUCCACAGAUACUGCCUCACCUCCAUCAACAAGCACAAGAGUCGGCUCAGAAUUUCCUCAGACAUCUGCUACAGGAAGCAGCCGUGGAGCCUGGUGAAAGCAUUGAUUGAAAAGAACACCUGGAGCGGCAUUGAGGAAUACUACAGACACAUGGAGAGCGAGGUGUGCAAGCUGGAGACGCUGCUGCAGACUGAGGUUUCCGUGGUAACCACAGGCGAAGCAGUGGGCGCGGACGCUGCCAAGACUCCACCGGCCCUGCGCCGCCGCAAACGCACCUGCUCUCGACGGCAGGGCGAGAAGGAGAGAGAGCGGGAGGGAGGAGGCAUGGGCACCGGGGACCGAGGGGACAGAGGAGUCGGAGAGGAGAGGGACAGAAGAGAAACCAGUGCUCAGUAUAUGAAGCUGGGAGAGCGCACACGUGGAGGAGGAACCAACAGUAUAUCCACCAUCCUCCUCAUCGUCAGCUUCAUGAUCUGUAUCAGUCUCGUGGUGCUCGUGGCUCUCAACAUGCUGCUCUUCUACAAGCUGUACGCUCUGGAAAGAGCGGCCCAUACACUGGAGACAUGGCACUCGUAUUCUGUUGCUGACAGUCCUCUGCCUCAGACAGCAGGAGAGUGGGCUCAGGUCUUGCAGCUUCAGAGGCAGUUUCAUCAGGCACAGCUCAGCAAGUGGCAGCAGAUCCUGCAGUCCUCCGUCACGCUCCUCGACCAGAUGAAGCAGUCUUUAGAAAAGCUUCAUCGGGGCAUCGUGGUCCCGGAGGUGCAGCAGGAUCCCCCCGACGAUCCCCUCACAGAGUCCCUGACUGAGGCCUGAGCCCUGCCUCUUCUGGUUAACGUCACCCCCCCCUCGGACUGUCCCGGCGGACCGGUAGAGUAGAAACGGGGCACACAGUUUGCCCGUUGCCUCAUUUCCAAAAACCAGGAAUGGGACACGCAGGGGGACCACAUUACCCACAACUCUCCUCACCUGACUGACUUGAAAUGGCGAUGUUUCGCCUUCAGCCUCAACCAGUAACAACUUCUCUCUCAGACCGGAAGCUAUCAGGACCACAGCAAUAAUUUACCUGCAGCUGCAAGUCUCCUGUAUGUAGUGUAUGUGUAAACAGGCCACUGGUGGGCCGAUCCAGACCAUCGUCUCCUCAAGACUCAUAUCAAAAUGGCCAGCCGCGUUUCAGGAUAACUUCAAUUUUUCCAGAACUCACAAUUUUAUGACUAUCACAGACCUCACACCUUCCUCUGACAUUUCAUAGGGAUCAGUGAUUCUGGGAAGCUCUUCCUCCUCAUCCUGGGAACCGUAGACAUGUAUAUAUAGACGCCGCACUGGCCACUGGAUCGUACGUCAGCAGGGUCGCCAUGUUAAUCAGGUCAAUACAAGCCUGUGAACAAAUGACAGCAAACAGGGAGCUGUGUUUUUUCAGGAUAAAAAGCACUACAACAUUUAUUGUUCUUAACCGAUUGCAGUGACUCUUGUGAUGCCUCUGUGCAGCUGAUAGCCGUGGUCGGAGGCUUUAUGUUUUCCGGGUUGUAUGUACGGCACAUUCGUGCAAACGUGAUAUCUCAAGAACGCCUUGGAGGAAUUUCUUCCAGUUUAGCACAAACUCCCACUUGGACUCAAGGAUGAGCUGGAAUAAAGAGACUACUGAAAAUAAAUAUGUAUGAUCAUUAGAACUGUGCUAAAGUAACAAAGUGUAAGGUGGCCUAAGGUUUGAAAAGUACUGCAGAUCAUAAACCCACGAUGAUGAAAAGACUUAUUGCAAUAGCUUGAGAAAUGUAAACAUUCUGGUGUUUUUAUCCAGAGAAACUGCAGCUGUCCUGUUUACUGUCGUUUGUUUACAGGCUAGUAUUGACCUGACCAAUACGGCGACACCACCGAUGUAACAGGCUGACGCAGCCAAUGCAGCGUCUCUGUAUAUGUGUAUGCUGGGAACAGUUAGAUUAGAUGCCUCUAGUGAACGCCUGCUGAAGCGAAAAAAAAGGGGGGGGGGGUUAUGUCAUCUGCUGUGUGGAUGUGACGAGCGAAAGCCCAGAAAGAGAGGGGAGAGUGAGCAGGACGCCUCUCUCGCUCUUUCCACCGGGUAUUUGUACCUCCAUGUCCGAGUUGACGCCCUCUUAAAGGCCGUCAAUCCGCGAAUAUUUCAACACCAGACACUCUCACCUUUAUUUUUUAGGAUGUAAAUGAUACAUCUGAACUUCAAACACCAUCACACUUCCCUCGCAGUCCUUUUGGGGUUUUAUCUUAUUUCAGAAUCAGUGUGUUGGUUUGUUUGGGCACCAACCUGCGUCUCACUGAACUGUUACAGUAUUUAUUAUUACCGGUGACUUUUUGAUCUGAAGUCCCGUCCUGCUCUUUUAAGAGUUCAUCCGUUGGGUAUUUUGUGCUCUGAUUUGCUGUUGCGGUGCGGACCAAGAGGAGCUACACGAUUACUGGUCACAGCAAUAAAAGACAAUAGUAAUGCUAGUACUUUUUGAAUGUUUCAAACAAAGUAGUAUAUAAUAAUGAUAAUUAUAAUAAUAAUAAUGACAAAUUGUGUGUGAAUGUGUGUAGAGGCAGUGAAAAAAACAAGCAAGGAAGACUAUGACUUGACAGAUGUGUGCGUGAGUGUUCACGACGAGUCCUCAAUAUUUCAAAUGUUACAUUUUCAUAUUAGCGUUUCUCGAGUUGUUUUUUUUUUUCUUCAAGAUUUCUCUUUCAUGUUCGGUUGCUCACUGAGCUUCAGGAUUGACCGCAGGAUUGAUGAGGCGGAAAUAUCUCAGCAGACUUUGUUGUCCAACUGGGCCGGACGUUUCAAAAACAAAAGGACCAACCAGAUUUUUGUAGGCCCAGGUGAAGAAAAAGGGAAUCUGUUUUGCAGUAUUGUUUUUUUGUGUAUUUGUUUGUAAGAUUAAUUUGACUCACUCGUCUUCUCUUUUUAUUCAUUUUCUAUCUUUAUUAUUUUGUCGCUUAUUUUCAGCCCGUCCUCUCCGUCCACUCGAUUCUGGCCUCCGAUGAUGUGAAAGCAUCUCAUCGUCACUUUGUUUAUCUUCUUCUCAUCACUCAACCCCACUCUUCCUCUCCUUCCUCUGUUCUCCCCCCGUCUUCUUGCUCUCUCUCUGUUUCCAUGAAAAUGGCGGUUACAGAAGCAUGUGGGCCACGCUGUGCAUGGCCGUCCGCAGAAAUCAAAAUGGUGUAAUAUUUAUUGAGGGAGGGAGGGAGGGGGUCUGGGGUAGAUCUGAAUGAGAGAGAGAGAGACGGAUGAGGAGCGGGGAUGAGAAUGUACUGUAAAAAUGUGAUUGUACGCCACGCCAUGGAGAGAAAUGAAAAGUUCUACAAAAUGCAACAGCUCCUCGCUAAUCUUUGAAUCUGUGUGUGUCCUCGCUGUCAAAAGAUCUGGGUCAAAUGUUGCACUUGAUUGCAUUGAAAUGGUUGAUUCAUCUGUCUUUUAUUUGGUUCAAAACAGGUUUGGGAAAAAAGUUUUUUUGCAAUAUCCCAAAGUUGGCAUAUUUAACCCUUCAAAACCUGGAUCGACAUAUUCACAGUUCAAAUUCACAAAGUAUUCGCAGGUUUUAAAAACCUUCAAAAUCUAAAUAACUUGGUGUGAUUUCUUUUGAAAAUAUGGGGAAAACGACACUGAGCAAUUUGGCAAGAAAUAUUCCGAAAAUUGCAUGACAUUAGUAGACUUUCUUCAGGCCUUUUCCUUCUUUUUCUUUUUAACCU